AUGCUGAGGAGCGCACUCAUCGUUCCCGGUCUGUUUCUGGCACUGAUGGUGCCCAUGGCCAUGGGCGCCACUCUCGGAACGGGAAUAGGAACUAAAACAAAAGCGGAAACGGAAACUCCAACAGCUAUGGUUAGAGGAAAUCCGACGCCGGACGUAAGAAAAGCAAUGCCACGGGUGCCACCCAGUCCCAGAUGGGGCGCCAACAUGCAGAUGCUGCGCAGGCACAACAGUCCCGCCUUCAACUUCUGGACGGAGGAUAGCGAGACGAACAUCUGGGAGCACUGCGGCCUCUUCGAGGGCGACAUCAUGCUGCACCGCGAGCUGCUAAGGAACGGUCUGCUCAACGAGCGGCUCACCUGGCCAGAGGCAGCCGUACCCUUUUACAUAGAUCCACAGGACUUUACCGUCAACCAGACCAUGGUGAUACUGAAGGCCUUCAAGGAGUACCACGAUCGCACCUGCAUUCGCUUCCGGCCGUAUGAGCAGGGUGACAAGCACUGGCUGCUGAUCAAGGGCAACUACUCGGGCUGCUGGUCCAGCGUCGGGAGGCGGCAGGGUGGCCAGGUGCUGAACCUGAACACGCCCAAGUGCGUCACCCAUGGCGUAGUGGUGCACGAGCUGCUGCACGCGCUGGGUUUCUAUCACCAGCAGAGCGCCACGGAGCGCGACGAGUACGUGAAGAUCAACUGGGAGAACAUUCUCGACGGACACGCGCACAACUUCAACAAGUACGCCCGGACGCAUAUCACGAACUUUGGUGUGGAGUAUGACUACCAGAGUGUCAUGCACUACAGCUCCCGGGCGUUCAGCAAGAAUGGAAAGGCCACCAUUGAGCCACUGGAUCCGUACGCCUCACUGGGCCAGCGACGCGGCCUCUCCGACAAAGAUGUGUCCAAGCUGAACGAGAUGUAUGAACAGGACUGCAACGAGAGCGGCUACCUGCUCAAUUUUGACCGCUUCGGGAACUAUAUAGACGAGCUGAUCGACUACUUCCAGGGCAACAUUCAGGAUCUGUUCGGAUAGGAA